GUAAAAGUAAAUUGUAUUUUUAGCUAUCCUGGGUAACCAACAGUGAGCAUUAAUCACCUCAAAAUACUCAAGACACGCGACGCCCGCACAAUAGGAUGAUAACCUGUGCCAAAAGAGCGGAUAUGGACCAUGUGUGUUCCAUUAUCGCUUCAUCUCAACCCUUUAAACCUCAAAAUACGGGCUCAUCAGGGACGUUAAUACAGUUUGAUGCACAGUAACAAGCCCUAAUGGCAAAAAGCGUGAGGUUCGCUUGCUUGCUCGGGUCAACUUUAAUCGCUCCCUGCGUCAAAUCUCUCCCGAUAGCGGUGAGGACUCCCGAUAUUGUAAUCUCUAAUCGGUGAUAAUCGCGAAUCUUAGGGCUACUUGAUAGUCUAUCACUAUAGGCCUAUCGCUAGGAUUUUACUGUGUACACAAAGAGGAGGCCUAACUCGACUACCACAAGUUCCGGCGCCGCCUUGGCAUAGGCUUUAUAUGAGUCUCAUGCCAGAGAGCUUGGUCAUAGGAGGUUGUAGCUCACUAAGUAGCCUGCGCUAUGCGUUCGUUAGUAUCGUUUUUGGUAGUUUUUCUCUGUGCGUGUGUUGGUCGCGAUGUGGAGGCACGCAAAACUUUCCCUGGGAGGCGAAUGGGUGAAUUGGAGGCGCUACAUGUUGGCAACAAGAUUCCACAGACCACGGCUAAAAGGAUGCAUCUGUGCCCGCGUGAGCGACUUGUGGUUGAUUAUCGCUGUCUGCGCAGGCGCUGGCUCUGCGUGGGGACUGGCAUCUUUCGCUAUGUUACCGAGAUGCAUUGCUGCCCCGGUUAUGCUAGAGAACCAGGCCUGGUGGGUUGUCCUCGAGAUCUCUACACAAGCAACAAAACCUUACUGGAAGCCAUAACAGAUCUUGGUCUCACCAAGUUUGCCGGGAUGUUGAACCAGUCGGACGAGGUGUUUCUGCACCGCAGUGCCAUAGGGCCCCUCACAGUGUUCGCCCCGAAAGAUAGUGCAUUCGGUGGGACUACCGUGAGCAUCAGUGGAGAGAAAAUAGCAAAGGAGGUGGCAAGCAGGAUGGUACAAGAACACGUAGUGGAAGGGAAGAUGGUCUAUCACGCGAUUAAAACCAAUCAGCUACUACAGACCAUGGCUCCCGGACAGACACUCCGUGCUGCCUGGGCACCGGACAGAGAGACUCUAGUAAUACAAGGAGCCAUCAUCACCUCAGAGAACAAGCCCUUCAGGAAUGGCAUCAUCCACGUGAUUAAUCACGUGAUCAAGCCAUCUCUCCCAGCCACUGUCACGCAAUACCUACACGGCACAGGGCAAUUCACCACAUUCGCGUCCCUCAUGAGGAAACUGGGUACUGAGUUGACUGGUCACGUGACAGUAUUUGCGCCUAGUGACCAAGCCUUCGAGAGGAUCCAUCGUCGUUUCUUACAAAUGGUCACCAAUAACGUGGAUUGUCUCAAGCCAUUUGUUAAUUUCCAUAUCGUGGAGCGGUCGUUAUACACAGGAGGGAUCCGACACCGUGUAGAUGUUACGUCACGCAACGGCUAUCGCGUGCACCUGACACGGCACGCAAGCACCAUUAUUAUCGAGGAGUCACUCAUCACUACCCCGGAUGUAACUUUGAAGAAUGGCAUUGUACAUGUGAUUAGUGACGUCAUGAUAGCGCCUGCUAUCAGUUUCCUAGGUCCGUUUGACUUGGCAAAAAUUCACGGAGCGCGUAAGUUUGCAGAUUUCGUACGGUCCCACAACCUCAAACACAUUAUUGCGGCCGCCGAGACUGGGCCCUAUACCCUGCUAGCGCCUAGCGACCACGCCAUGGAGCUUGCAAGUGACGUCAUUAGUCACAUGACGCGAUCCAAGAUGAAACUUGAAGCGUUCGUGAGACGUCAUCUGUUGCCAAAGAAACUGUCGGUGGCCGAAAUGCACGACGGGGAUAGAAUUAGGACAAUGGCCCGGACCAACCGGACAGAUGAGAUGGUGACGGUCAAUUGGUAUUCAAAUCGAGAGAUCCUUGCAGUGGGCGGAGCCUGCGUUACCAGGCCUAACCGCGAGGUGUGCAGUGGCGUCACCCAUAUCAUCAACAGGGUGAUCCUCCCAACAACCGGCACAGUUAGCCACAGCCUCGUCACCAGACCGAGGUUUAAGCUUCUCACGAAGGCACUCAGAGCAGCCAAACUAGAUAAAUAUCUCCAAAAUACAAAUGCGAUCACUUUGUUUGCGCCGAGCGACAAAGCAUUCCGGAGGCUUGGUAAGAGAAAGCUUUUUCGUCUGAUGAAAAACGUCAAAAAACUGCGUCGCGUUCUUCUCUCUCAUAUGGUCAGCGGUGUAGUGUAUAGCUGCAUGCUCCGACACGACAAGCUAGAGACACUAACGAGCAAGAGCCUGCGUGUCGUGGUCAGUGGUGAACACAUGAAGGUUAACGGGAUCGUCGUGCGCAUGCGUGAUUUACCCGCAACGAAUGGCGUGAUUUACGAGUUGGACGCAAUCUUGAGCCUGUGAACAAGCUUUUUUUUUAAUCAAAGGCUUCAUGUUAGAAAGAGUGUGACUUUAUCUCUGAACUUAAUUGUUAAAAUUAAAACAAAAGAUUUUCAUGCCUUAUACAUGAAUUGAAAGGCAGAUCAAUUGACACUUUAUCACAGACCAUUAGAUAUUUUAAGGUUUGUUUAGUGAAGGCUGCCGUAUGUAUGGUGACAGGUUAAUCUGUCACCUUCCUCUACUACCAAAUCUUCCUUCACCUUUCUUCUACAUUGUAUCUAGCACUUGAAUACCCUUCAUAUCCAAUCAAAUGUCAAGAUAGCACUUGAAUACCCUUCAUAUCCAAUAAAAUGUCAAGAUAGCACUUGAAUACCCUUCAUAUCCAAUAAAAUGUCAAGAUAGCACUUGAAUACCCUUCAUAUCCAAUAAAAUGUCAAGAUAGCACUUGAAUACCCUUCAUAUCCAAUCAAAUGUCAAGAUAGCACUUGAAUACCCAUCAUAUCCAAUAAAAUGUCAAGAUAGCCGUA